AUGAGCUCGGCAUCGCCAUUCCCACCCCCCUCGCCGCCGCCGCCGUCGUCGAGCGCUAGCGUCCCGAUGGUGAUGAUCACCGUGGUGGGCAUACUCGCGGCGUUCGCGCUGCUGGCGGGCUACUACGCGUUCGUCACCAGGUGCCAGCCGCUCCGCGCGCUGCUCUCGCGCGGCGGCCCGGCGUCGGUGACCCCCGGCACUUCCCCGCCCGCGGUGGCCGAGGAGAAGCGAGGCCUCGGGCUGCCGCUCAUCCGCAUGCUCCCGGUCGUCAGGUUCACGGCGGCGGAGGACGCGAUGGCGCCGAGGAUAUCCGUGUCGGAGUGCGCCGUCUGCCUGAGCGAGUUCGCGGAGCGGGAGCGCGUGCGCCUGCUGCCCGGCUGCUCCCACGCCUUCCACAUCGACUGCAUCGACACCUGGCUGCAGGGCAGCGCCCGGUGCCCCUUCUGCCGGAGGGACGUCACCCUGCCGGCCCCGCACCCGCAAUACCAUCGGCGGCCGCCGUCCUUUCGCCGUCGGGACGAGCAGCUCCCGACCAGCGGCAACGACGACGACGGCGGCGCCAGCAUCGUGAUCGAGGUGAGAGGGCAGCGCGAGACCUGGUCCGACGGCAGGAGGGGCCGGAAGAAGAAGGCGGAGAGCGUGGGCGACGAGGCGGUGGACACGAGGAAGAAUGGGGAGUUCGCGGCGGUGCAGCCGAUGCGGCGGUCGCUCUCCAUGGACUCGUGCGACGCCAAGCAGCGGCAGCUCUACGUGUCCGUCGUCCGGGAGUUCCUCGAGCAGAGAUAG